UAUAUGUGAAAGAUAGGCAUAUUGACAGGUGCAUAUAUGUAAAGUACAUUUUGCAGAAGCGCGCUUCGAAUAGUUGUCGCUCAAAGUUCCAUAACAACAAGAAAAAUGGGUAGCAUUGACAAAGCUGUUAUCACGGGCUUCAUAUGCAGGCUCUGCUCCAAAAUGAAUCGAUUCGUGAUCCAUAUCUACGGCGAGGAGGGCGAAAGGAUGAAACUUGCUGAGAAAAUCAACACUUAUCUUCCUAUAACUGUGAAUGCCAAUGAUCAGUUGCCAAAAACUGCAUGUCUUCACUGCAUUGAGAAAUUAGAAGCACAUCACGAAUUGAUGGAGCAGUUUAUGUGUGCCAGGCGAAAACUCAACAACGAAAACAAAUCAACCUCCAACACAUCUAUGUCCAUUAGUUCAACGAGUGGAUCAGUCAGUCCCCCCUGACUGUCUUCAUGUUGAUAGAGUCAGUUGCUAGGACUUUGAUGGAGUGAAGUGUGUUUGAUAGUUAUUAAUCAUUAGGUUAAGUCAUAUUUCAUCAACAUUAAUAUAUUAAAAAUGCCGAUAAGAUUUACGUGAAACCAAUCUAUUGGUACAACAUGUUGUUAUAAUAUUAUAUUGCAAAAAAUUGUUUAUUGCUUCAUUUCGCAUUUUUUAAUUAUGGA